UUCUGUUCUCUCGGGAGCGUGUCGUCUCAGGUCUCUCGGCCCUCGCGGGCUGCCCACAGGAGGCGAGGGAGCAAAUGUCAGUCCUACUCACAGGGGGGCGACAAACUGCGGUCUGUCGCUGACUCAGCACCCUCGACCCACCAACCCUCGCGUGGGCGGGCCCACAGCUCAAGCGCUGCAGGAAGUGCUGGCAACCCGCUGCUGUCCCAACCUGAAGGGGGGAGAAGCCGUGGGGUCGGACGUAACGUUAGCGAGCUGUGCGUGCAAACGAUGCGGAUGAGCUUGGCCUGCGCAUGAUCUCGGACGCAAUGCCAGCUCCGAGAAGUGGCACGAAGCUGCUGCGCUGGGACCACAUUCUCCCGCAGGAGACCGACGCCAGCACUGCAGAUGGCGACGCCCGGCUCUUACCUCGCGUGCCCCACCUCUCCGAGCAACGACGAUGCCCCUGUCGCUGCCCGCCCUCCUCGCACGCCGCAGGACACCAGCGGCGCAAAUUGCGGCCUCCGUGCAGCGACUGCGCAUCCGGCCACUGCCCGACUUGCUCGCACGCUCUGCUGCCGCCACUGUGGCCGUCGUCCUUCGCUGAGCACUCCCCGAUGUCCCCGAGCAACGACAGCGCUUCCGACCUCUGCACGGCCCUCUCGCACGCGCAGGCGACGGCACUGCCACGGGAGGUGGUCCUGGGCUCCAGGUUCAGCUCCCGCGCCUCGCUGAGGAGCGCAGUAGCUCCCUGCCUCCGUUCGCCCUUCUCGCUCGCGCUGGUCCUGGCGCCUCAGCUGAUCACGCCGAGAUUCAGACUCGCUUCCUAGAUCUCGCUGAGCAGCAUCAAAACCAACUGCCACUGAUCGCCCUUCUCGCAAACGCAUACCGCAUCGUUGUAGCUGAUGACGCCGGGCUCCAGCUUCGCCAGCCUCAUCGCGCCGAGCAGCGCCAAAGCCCGCUGCCACUGCUCGCCCAACACGCAAGCGCUGAUCGCAGCGCUGUAACUGAUGACGUUGGGAUCCAGCAUCGCCUGUCGUAUCUCGACGAGCAGCGCCACCGCUCGCUGCCACUGUUCGCCCUUCCCGCAUGCGCUGAUACCAGCGCUGUAGCUGGUGACGUCGGGCUCCAGCUUCGACUCCCACAUUUCGCUGAGCAGCCCCAACGCCCUCUGCCACUGCUCGCCCUUCUCGCACGCGCUGAUUCCAGCGUUGUAGCUAAAGACGUCAGGUUCCAACUUCGCCUCACACAUCUCGCUUAGGAGUGCCAACGCCCGCUGCCACUGCUCGCCCUUGACGCACGCGCUGAUCCCAGCGCUGUAGAAAGAUAAUGUUGGACUCCAGCUUAGCCUCCCGCAUCUCGCAAAGCAGCGCCAAAGCCCGCUGCCACUGCUCGCCCUUCUCGCACGCGCUGAUACCAGCGCUGUAAUAUGACGUUGGGCUCCAGCUUCGUCUCCCUCACCUCGCUGAGCAAAGCCAAUGCCUGCUGCCACUGCUCGCCCUUCCCGCACGCGCUGAUCCCAGCGUUAUAGCUGACUCAUGACGCUGGGCUCAACAUUCGCCUCCCGCAUCUCGCUGAAAAGCGCCAAAGCUCGCUGCCAUUGCUCGCCCUUCUCACAAGCGCUGAUCCCUGCACUGAAGGCUAUGACUCCAGGCUCCAGCUUCGCCUCCGACAUCUCGCCGAGCAGCGCUAAAGACCACUGCCACUGCUCGCCUUUCUCGCACGCGCUGAUCCCAGCGUUACAGCUGACUACAAAUGACGUCGGGCUCUAGCUUCACAUCCCGCAUCGCGGUGAGCAGCGCCAACGCCCGCUGCCACUGCUCGCUUUUCUCGCACGCGCUGAUCCCAGCGUUGUAGCUGACUAAUAAUGUCGGGCGCCAGCCUCGCCUCCCACAUCUCGCUGAGCAACACCAAAGACCGCUGCCACUGCUCACCCUUCUCGCACGCGCUGAUCCCAGCGUUGUAGCUGAUGACGUUGGGCUCCAGCUUCACCUCCCGCAAUUCGCUCAGUAGUGACAAAGCCUGCUGCCACUGCUCGCCCUUCUCACACGCGCUGAUCCCAGCGUUGUAGCUUACCUGGCUGCUAUGGGUUCCCUGGGGCCCUCGGGGCUCAGAUGGAGCUUCGGUACACAGCCAACCUCUUGCAAGCAGGGGGUCCUGCAGUGUAUCAGAGAUGACGUUAGGCGCCAGCUUCGCCUCCCACAUCUCGCUGAGCAACGCCAGAGCUCGCUGCCACUGCUCGCCCUUCUCGCACGCGCUGAUCCCAGCACUGCAGCUGAUCACGUUGGGCUCAAGUAUCGCGUCCCACAUCUCGCUGAGUAGCGACAAAGCCCGUUGCCACUGCUCGCCUUUCUCGCACGCGCUAAUCCCAGCGUUGUAGCUGACUCAAUGACGUCAAGCUCCACGCUCGCCUCCCACAUGCCGGUAAACAGCGCCAAAGCCCGCUGCCACUGCUCGCCCUUUUCGCACGCGCUGAUCCCAGCGUUGUAGCUGACUAGGAUGACGUCGGGCUCCAAUCUGGCCUCCCGCAUCUCGACGAGCAGCGACAAGGCUCGUUGCCACUGCCAGCCCUUCUCGCACGCGCUGAUCCCGGCGUUGUAAUGACAUCGGGCGUCAGCCUCGCACGCCUCAUCUGGCCGAGCAGCGACAGGGCCGGCUGCCACUGCCCGCCCUUCUCGCACGCGCUGAUCCCGGCGCUGUAUAUGACAUGACGCUGGGCUCCAUCUUCGACUCCAACAUCUCGCUGAGCACGGACAGUGCCUGUUGCCACUGCCGGCCUUUUCCGCACGCGCUGACAGUCGCAAGGUAGUGGCCUCGAGAAACUUCCACACCUGCUCGAAUUCCGUCGCGAAGCAACUGCAGUGCUGCGCUCCACUGUUUUGUCUGACCGCACUUCUUGAUGGACACCUCGCAGGAAACAGCGUCCUCUCGAGACCGUCGCUGGAUGUCUAGCAUCCAUGAAGAGAAGGCAGGAGGCUCGGAGGGCCCUGUCCAACAUGGUUUUGAGCAAAGACGCCUUGAGCCAAAA